GUGUCGUAUCCGUAGCGAUGAUUUGACGCAGCGGGACCAAUUGAUAUACCGUAUAUAAGGCUGGUGGUGGAACAUGGUGGUAGCAGUCAACAUGGCGAGGGUCAUCUGGUGUGUGGUGCUCUUGGUGCUGGUGGCAUGUGGUGACUGUGGUGUACAUGUGAAGCGUGUAAGACGUGGCUACAACAGCGGUUACGGUGAUAGCAGUAGCGGGUACGGGCGCGGGAGCGACGAGCGAGACGCCAGUGUUAGCGAGGAGAGUGGCGGGUGCAGUAGCGGAGGCGGUUAUGGGAGAGGAUACAACAGCAAUGGCGGUCGAGAGCUGGCGUACAACCGUGACGGCCGGCCGACGUCGGACACGCGCGGCGGACGCUCCUUCAUCAAGUCCACCGCUUCCGCUGCCGCCUCCGCUUCCUCUUACACCCUGAACCAGAAGAACGCUGUAUAACGACAAACACGACGGACUUAGGCCAGCGCGCACUAUGAGUUUUUCGCCGCGCGGCAGAUAAAAUCAGCGGCAUAAUCGCACUGUAAUACUGCACCAAACAGUUUUAAAUUGUAUUGCGCGCACUUGACGGCAGAGCCACCGCAGCGGCGCAGUAUUACAGUGCGACAUUAUGCCGCUGCUCUUUUCUGCGGCGCGGCGAAAAACUCGUAGUGCGCGCGUGGCCUUAUGGGCAUUUAUAACCACGGCGA